GCAGCGUGAGCGCGCGCGGAGGUUUGAGUCGCUGUGGACGAGCCGGAGGAGCCGCGCGCGGAGAGCUGAUCGACAUGUUCUCCUGGCUCGGGUUCUGGAGGCGGUCCCUCUUGGUGGCGCUGCUGGCUGUUUCCGCUGGACUCUACCUGCUGCCGUCUCCCAUCGACCCGAAGCCGCACCGGUUGAAGGGGCCUCCUCCGGCCCUCGAGGGCCCGCUGGCCGUCAACACGCGGCUGCAGGCGGGCCGCAGGCUGUUCGCCGGGGAGCUGCACGGACCAGAAUCCUUCACUGCGGACCAGGACGGUAAUGUGUACACGGGGACGGUGGACGGGAAGCUGUGGCGGAUCGGUCCUGAUGACAGCCUCACACUCAUCACACAUAUGGGACAGAAUCUGCCUGAAUGCGGCAGAAGCUCUGACCUGGAGCCGCUAUGCGGCCGCCCUCACGGCGUCCGUCUGGACCGCGGCGGUCAGCUGAUCGUGGCCGACUCCUACCUGGGUCUGCACAGCGUGGACCCCCACAGCGGAGAGAAGACCCUCCUGCUGGCCAACUCACAGGGCGCCGGCGGCGUUCCCUUCGCUUUUCUCAACGGUUUGGAGAUUUCCUCCCAAACCGGGAUAAUUUACUUCACCGACUCGUCCAGUCGCUGGGGACGAAGACACGUCAAACUGGAGGUGAUCGAGCUCAACGCUCUCGGUCGUCUCCUCUCCUUCGAUCCUCGGACUCGAACCGUCAACGUUCUGCUGGAUUCGCUCUUCAUGCCGAACGGCAUCGCGCUGUCGCCGGACGAAGACUUCCUGCUGCUGGCAGAGACCAGCAUGGGGCGGAUCCUGAGGUAUUGGCUGAAGGGACCUCAGGCCGGCUCCUCGGAGGUCGUCCUUGACAACAUGAUCGGUUACCCCGACAACAUCCGCCUCAGCGACCACGGGACCUUCCUGGUCGGCAUAACGACGCCUCGCUUCCGGAGGCCGCUGCCGCCCUUCCUGGACCUGAUCGCUCCGUACCCGGCGCUCAAACGCUUCCUGGCCAAGCUGGUUCCUCUCAGCUGGUACAACCUGCUGCUGCCGCGCUACGCUCUGGUCCUGGAGCUGGGACCGGACGGGGAGGUCGUGGGGUCACUGCACGACCCCGAGGGCCGCCUGACCUGGGCCAUCAGCGACGUGUUCCAGCACCGGGGGAGGACCUACCUGGGCAGCACCGACCUGCCCUUCCUGCCCGUGCUGGAGAGUGACCGGCGGUAAAAAUGUUUCUAACAUUUUAGUCGCAGCGCGCAGUCAGAACUCAUGUUUUCCCACAACUAGUGAUUGAUUGUUGAUUGUUUAUCUGAAGACUUGCAGCGUGACGACCAUCUGCCGAACAGACGGAAUGUUUUAAUCCUAGAGUCUGUUCAGACUUUAACUCUGAAGGAACGUUUCACCAGACUGAAAGUUGUUUUUCGAGAAGAAACUGUUUUAAUUCUGUUCUUUAAAUCUGCUCUUCUUACUGCGUUUAGUGAAAUCAGAUCAGUUUCAUGGUUUUAAAGGUGGAGAAGAGUCCAGACGUUCACCACUCGACAUGCUGAGAGGUUAAAUAAAUCUUUUUGUAAGAGUUAAUCUGGUUCAAUUAAUGUAGAGAUAACUGCUACGAUCAAUUAAUCAUGAAGAAUAGAAACCGUUAAAGUAGCAUCUCUCGUCCAGUGAGGAAAAGUCAAAACACUGAAAUGUGAUUUAUGUCUGAUUUCAAUGUUUUCGAGUCAGCAAAGAGAAAUUACAUCCAGUUUUUUUUUCUGUUUUUUUGUAUAUU